GAAAUAUUUUUAUGUGACUAUUUUCAGAUAAAUUUAUUUACUUGUUAAAAAUCUAUUAUAAUCAGUCAUGGAUUUACUAUUUAACACACAAACAACGACAACAACGGUCGCUCCAGUCCAAUAUGGAUCUAUCAUCAACAAUGGUUUAUCUGUCCCGUAUGAUAAUGCGUACGGUAUUGCUUCCGUAGUAGCAAGAGAUAUGUCACUGGCACUUUUCGUCAUGUUGGCAUCGUUUACUGGUAGACCGUCAUACCCGAAAGCACUUCUUCAUUGCGAUUUUGAGGAGGGAUGGUGCCCAGGGUUUGUGCCGACGAAUACAAGUGACAUUCCGUGGAAUUUAUGGAAAGGAAAUACACCGUCAAAUGAAACUGGACCUAAUGCAGACCAUACAAGAUUUAAUGAAUAUGGGACUUAUGCCUACGUUGAAGCAAGCGGCUCAAGAUCAGGAGAGACAGCUGUGUUUACUACUCCGCCAGUCAUGAUGAUGGCUGAACCUCAUUAUUGCCUGCGUUACUGGUAUAAUAUGUACGGAUCAGGAAGCGGAGCUAUUUGGAUAUAUUGGAACGCAGCCGGGGAGGCACAACUAAGAAAAGUUGUGGACAAGCUUGCAGGUCAGCUGAGCAAAGACGGGAAUGAAUGGAAGGAAAGCACAACAACCUUGCGGUCGACGACUAUACAGAAACACUAUAGACCUGUCGUGUUCGAAUUUCGUGGAAUCCGAGGAACCAGCUAUAAAUCAGACAUUGCAAUUGACGACAUUCUAUUGCUUCCAGGAAAAUGCGAAGCUAGGAAACUUUCUAGAACUGCAACCACUAUGACGAUGAGAGGGAUUAUGACGACACCAGCACCCCUAACAACAACAACAGAAUCGUGGAAAGCUUCGGAUCCCGAUUAUAUCAAGUGUGGGGACGAUUAUGCCAACAUUAAAAAACAACUCUGUUGCAAUAAUGUAAAAAGGCCUAGAUUGAACAGGGGUACUCGAUGUUGUGGGGAGAGGACUUACCAUAACAUAAUGGAAGUAUGCUGUGGCGGAGUUGGCAGAUCAAUUAAUGAUUACGGAUGCUGUCGGGGUCGAAUCUCUUACAAGAAGCGAGAAAAGGGUUGUUGCAACAAUUAUUCAACUUUUGACCUGAUGAAGGAAGAAUGUGUGAACCAAGAAAUAAGAAAAAGAAGAGAUCCAUUGACAGCAACACCACGGCGGAGAAAUAGAGGGAAAAGAUCAGUUAUGUCGAGAUGGGGUUUUCCGCCGAGCAUUUUUGAAUAAAUUAUAUUUGGGAACACUAUAAGUUGAAUAUAUUUGGGAACACCGAUUUUAGGCGUGUUUUCUGGCAUGAUGAUAUUAUUUGAAUAUCAUUCUUUUUUCUUAACUUGGAAUACAGAAAAUACAGUUUUGUAUAGAAAGAUGAUAAAUAAACCAAUGUGCAACUAAA